AUGAGAGGCAACUGGGAAACGGCUGAGCUUCCAGCACAAAUGACGACUCAGCAACGGCAGCAACAGUCUACUGUAGCUGAGCAGAGGCAAGCCCUCCAGUCUCCAACCACGCCCGCCUGGAGUACUGGCAAUAGAAUAGUGAAAGCGGAACCAACGGAGGACAAGAACGAUGAUUCAGGCGUAUCGCCUGGUCAUUACGCAAGCAACACAUCGACCUCGUCGAGAAGCGGCGCAUCAACAUCGACCGCCAAUUGCAGCUUGUCACCGGCCAGCGUGAACUCGCUGGAUUCGAACAACAUACAAUGCAGCUCGUUCGACUGCAGUCCGCAGGGCAAGUUAAAGAACCGCACCUCGCCCGCCGACAAAUACAGGAGCCGCGCGAUUGGAAACAAUCAAGAACAGGCGGCGGAAUCGAAAUCGGCUAAUGCGGAAGCCGAUCAGGGCAGCCUAGUAUGCCCCAUUUGUAGAUCUACUUCGAAGGACAGAUUACACCUCACCGAACACCUGGCAACUCACUGCACGGCAAAAUCCGAGACGCAGGAGUUUGUGAAGGCGGUGCUCGACCAACUGAUGCCUGGGCCAUCAGGAACCACCCAGGAUGACAACCGAUCGCUGUCGACCCAGGGCGAACGAUCGGAACAAGAUAUGGAGGAGACAGAGGAGCCUGGACUCCGCGUCCCCAGGUUGAACUCCCAGGGAAAGGUGAAGACGUACAAGUGCAAGCAGUGCGACUUCGUGGCGAUCACCAAACUGCAGUUCUGGGAGCACAGCCGCAUACACAUCAAGGCUGAGAAGCUGUUGACCUGCCCCAAGUGCCCCUUCGUGACGGAGUACAAGCAUCACUUGGAGUACCACCUAAGGAACCACUACGGCUCUAAGCCGUAUAAGUGCGACAAAUGCCCGUACUCCUGCGUGAACAAGUCGAUGCUCAACAGUCAUUUGAAGUCGCACUCAAAUGUCUACCAGUACAGUUGCGCGAACUGUACUUACGCGACUAAGUACUGUCACUCGUUGAAGCUGCACUUGAGGAAGUAUCAACAUCAGCCAGCAAUGGUGUUGAACGCGGACGGUACACCUAACCCUCUGCCAAUCAUCGAUGUCUACGGAACCCGGAGGGGUCCCAAAGCGAGACCGUCGAGGACGACGAAAGCAACGAGGUCGUCGACACAAGAGGAUCUUUGCCACAGCAACAACGCCGGGAUGAACAACGUGCAAGGCGGGAUCCCGACAACAUCUACUGCGCAACACCCGGCUACCGCGCAGAACCCUGCGCUCGCUCAUAAUGUACAGGUCCAACCAAUGAGCAGCGCAAACAGCAUGAUCGCUGUCAACAGCGUGAAUGCUGUGAUCAACAUGAGCGCGUUGGACAACAUGAGCGCUGGAAGUGGCAGCAUGAAUGCUGCGAAUAAUAUGAACGCCGCGACCACCGGGCUACCUGCGAUGGGGCAACCGCAGGCCGUUAUCCAUUAUCCGUACAGCCAACUGUACGCGGGUUUCUCGAUGAUGCACCACCCGAACACCGAAGCCAACGGUGCCGAGAAACCGUUGGAUCAAAAUAGAUCAAGUAUAUUAAUGGAUUACUUGAAAGCGGCCAGCGAUGGAAGAAUGCCCGAAGAAGAGCCUCAAAAUUUGGCCAUAAGGAGUUACAACGGGCACAACGCACCCAACGGAUCUCUUAAUGGGGUGCCUUACAACAGCGAGAUCCCGAAAAUGAACGAGCAACAAAUGGAGCCCAGUUCGUCAUAUCCUGGCGAAUACAUGGAAGAUAAUGAGGCUCCAUUGGAUCUCAGCAAGCCCAGCACGAGUACACUCCAGAGGCCAACUGGGGCGGUCAGUUCAUCGAGGGCCACGGGAACCAGCAGGCGCAAAGGCAAGGCCGUGAAAUUGGACCGGAGGAUAGUGGAGGUGGACACGGAUGACGAACAGCAGUAUCCACCGCAGCAAAUGACGUCCGAACCUCCAGCUACCAGCAGCCAAGCCAACCGCGAGGACGGAGAGGAGAGCCAGCGGCCUUCGCUGAGCAGUGAGUUCUUCUGCCCGUACUGCGAGAUCGUGUUCGGUAAUGUAGUGAUGUACACGGUGCAUAUGGGUUACCACGGAUACAACGACCCGUAUACGUGUAACAUGUGUGGGCACCAGUGCACCGACAAAGUGUCCUUCUUCCUACAUAUCGCGCGAUCGAAGCACGCGUAA